AAGAACUGGUGAUCUGAUAACGGCAAAACCUCAAUUCGCAGUUCAAUCCCAAGCAUUACCAAUUCAAACGCCGCAAAUGAAGAACUCCGAUUGAGCUUCGUCCCCCCGCCCAAAAAUUCCUCUCAUUUUUCUUUUUGGAUCACUGGAAAUUGGAAAACCGUAAGAAGCUUCACACGGUUCGCCAAGCAUUUGGAACUCAAAGCAGCAAACAGAGGUGUUCUUCAAAAGUUCGUGAGUGAUCGAACACUAUCUAAUCUCAACGGAGCUAUUGUUCAAAUUCGCAAUGCAAUUCAUGAUUCUCCUGCAUUGAUUUCGUUUCUUUCAAGAUUCCCUGUUCAGAUAGAUCUCGCAAUCUACAUCUAAACGCAUCUAUAAUGGACUCAGAACCAGCUUAUUCAUCACCUCUAUCUAAUGAAGAUAUGGAGUCUCCUGCUCCUAAUGUGUCUGGGCAAGCUAGUUCUGCAUCUCCACACCAGUCACUUUCUAUGUUGUCCACAUCGGGCCUAUCAUCUUGGGCCAGAGGCCUAAAACUUCCCCAGCCCUUGGCGCUGGCACCAAAGGAUUCAGAGACUGCCAGUGCUGAGAAGUCCACCUUUGCACGUCUUGCUAGUGGGAUUGGAUUGAAUUUGACUUCGAAAGCUUCUCAACCCGAUGAUAGAUCUGAAGACGCCUCAGCAACUGCACAAUCAGGUGUUCUUGAGUCAUUCACAAAAGGGUUAGUUGACUCAUCCCUGAGUGCAGUGAAGGCAGUGCAAGUUAAGGCACGCCACAUUGUCUCCCAAAACAAAAGAAGAUACCAGGAGGGAGGUUUUGAUUUGGAUAUGACUUAUAUCACUGAAAAUAUAAUUGCUAUGGGGUUUCCUGCUGGUGAUAUGAGCUCUGGGUUCUUUGGAUAUGUUGAGGGGUUGUAUCGAAAUCACAUGGAAGAAGUGAUCAAGUUUUUUGAAUCCCAUCAUAAGGGAAAAUACAAAGUAUACAAUCUUUGUUCUGAGAGGUUAUAUGAUGCUUCACUAUUUGAGGGGAAGGUUGCGUCUUUCCCAUUUGAUGACCAUAAUUGCCCCCCUAUUCACCUUAUACCGUUGUUUUGUCAAAGUGCUUACUCAUGGUUGAAGGAGGACAUUCUGAAUGUGGUAGUUGUUCAUUGUAAAGCUGGUAAGGCAAGGACAGGAUUAAUGAUUUGUAGCCUUCUUCUCUUCUUAAAGUUUUUCCCAACAGCCGAGGAUUGCAUUGAUUAUUAUAACCAGAAAAGAUGUGUGGAUGGGAAGGGUCUGGUUCACCCUAGUCAAAUUAGGUAUGUAAAAUACUUCGAGCACAUCUUAACACACUUCAAUGGUGAAAAUCCGCCCGGACGUAGGUGCAUGUUAAGGGGUUUUCGUCUCCACAAGUGCCCAUCGUGGAUUAGGCCCUCCAUUACUAUAUCCAAUCAUAGUGGAAUAUUAUUUUCAACGAGAAAGCAUCCAAAAACUAAGGAUCUAAUGCCAGAAGAUUUCUGGAUUCGUGCGCCAAGAAAAGGAAUUGUAGUUUUUGCUCUACCAAGGGAGCAUGGACUAACAGAGUUGGUGGGGGACUUCAAAAUACACUUCCAUGAACGCCAAGGAGACUUCUACUGUUGGUUAAACACGAUGCUGAUGGAAAAUAGAGUGAUCCUUAAUGCUUCUGAUCUUGAUGGCUUUGACAAGAGGAAAUUUCCCUCCCCAGGGUUCCAGGUCGAGGUUGUUAUGGUAGACUAUGAUGGUACCAUUCCAACAAGGUACAAAACUGACAAUGCCAGCAGUGGAUCUGAUGGAAGAUCAGAUAAUAAUAUCGCCUCAACUGAUGGGGUUACAGCUAAUUCUGACAAAAAUAAGGUCUCAGGCGACCAUAACAACGAUGAAGUGUUCUCCGAUAGUGAUGGAGAGGAAAAUGUGUCGUCAAGGAGCAGCCUGGCUCAUGCAGCCUCCGGCAAACCAACUGCUGCACCUCUUAAAUUGGGUACCACAGUGGAGCAAAUUGCUACAUUAACACAUGGGACUGGACAACUUUCUAUUGGGAGCCAGGAGCCCACAGGUAUUAACAUUUCCAAUGCAGCCAAAAUUGACGGCGUUGAGAGAUCUGCUUCAAUCCCUAACCUGGCCUCGGAUGAUAUUAAGGCAAUAGCAGCUGAUGCUUCAGUCUUUACUUUCGGAGAUGAAGACGAUUAUGAAAGUGAGUGAAGUGACUAUUGAUUCAUUAGGUGCGCUAGAUUGUUUUAAGUCAGAUAGUUUGGAACAAAUAAACUCCUUUUUUGUAUGAAUCAUUUAAACGAAUGCACUUUGUUCUAAAGCACAAACAAAACAAAG